UUUCAGAAAUUAAUUCAAAGAUUGCAAGUUGAUCGGUUGGAGUCGGAUCAAUUUACUAUAAUCUACAUGUACAUAAGCCAUUAUCUCAGAUUGAACUAAGUAAAUCGAGAACCCAACAGACAAAAGGUCGUAUACGUCCAAGUUGAAGUGGUCGAGGUAGACCUUGUGAUAAUCCCAUGACCUAAUAGAAGGUGUCAACACCAAAAGGUAUAUAUAGGUGUGCUUUGUAUAAAAACGAUAUGGCACAAGCUUCGUCAGAGUACAACAUGGCAGAGGACAAAGUUACACUUCACGUGAACGAUGCCAUACCACAGUCUGCUAAAUCACAGUUUGGAUUUUCAAAUUUCUUUCAACCUUGCAUGGCUGAACUGUUAGGAUUACUUCUAUUUGUGUUUAUUGGAUGUUUAGCGGUGCAGGAUAGUCCCCUUGGUGUUGGGACGGGUUCUCCAGCUGCAAUAGCUGUGGCAGUUGCACAUGGAUUUACCAUUGCCUUAUUGAUUGCUGGUUUUGGCCACAUGAGACCAAGCUUAGUAGAACUCGUCGGGGUGUUCCUAUUUGUUUUUAUCGGCACGCUGUCAUAUUCCUCUUUAUCAGUGGUAGCGAUUGCGUUUGCUCAUGGACUUAUCUUUGCUCUGUUAAUUGCGGGAUUUGGCCACAUCAGUGGCGGGCAUUUCAACCCAGCUGUGACUCUUGGGGUUCUCAUAGCAGGGGAGAUCACUCCUCUCCUGGCCCUUGGAUACCUAGUCUCGCAAUGCGUCGGCGCUGUCAUUGGAGCAGCAUGCUGUAGGGGGGUACUCAGCUUUGUACCAGAAGGUGCUUCAAUGACGCCAUAUGAGGCAAUUCUUGGAGGUGCUCAUGACCUUGCUCCUGGAGUUGAUCCAGGACGAGGAAUCCUUUGUGAGAUGCUACUUACGACUGUGCUUAUAACAACAGUGCUUAUGACAGCUGUGGACAGUAAAGGCAAGAACUCACUGGCCCCACUUGCAAUUGGGUUUGCUGUUACUGUCUGUAUACUGGCUGGAAUCAACGUAACUGGUGCAUCAAUGAACCCAGCAAGAAGCUUUGGUCCUGCAGUAGUCAUAUCGUAUUACAAACCUGCCAUUUGGAAUCACCACUAUGUCUACUGGGUUGGGCCAUUGUUGGGUUCGGGAUUUGCUGGUCUUAUGUAUAGAUUUGUGUUCGCCUCUGCAGACAAGAGACUGAUCCUGAAGGAAGACUAAUGGAUCAAUUUAUUGAAUACUCAAAACUAGUGCAUCAGCCUGAAUGGACCCUUUGUGACCAGCUGAUCCAUAUUGUAUAUUGGCUGGGUUGGUGACCCAUAUUUUAUUAUCCACCUGACAGGAACCAUACAUUCAGCAUAUUUGAUGUUAAACAAACAAAUAGGGUACUUUGGCAUAGUUUAAUACAUACUGUAUGUUUUUAACUAGAACGCCAUCUUUACAAUAAAAUAAAUCUCAUUUGAAAUGAAAACCUACAACGGAACAACAUGUAUCUGGAAAUACGAAGGCAUUACACAAACUCUGUAGCAAUCAAAAGAUAUCAGAAAUGUUUCAUCUUGCUUUGCUGUUUAUUUGAUUAUACUAUGUAUAAAUGGGAUGUGACUUUUUAUAGUGUUAGUUUAAUUUGCAAGUACAUUUCAUAUCUAAAUACAGCUAUAGCUUGACUAAUGUAUGAAACAUGACAUCUGGUCUCAUUUAGUGAAAUGCAGGUAACGUAUGGGAUUAUUCAUACCAUUUCAUAUAUGCAUUCAGCACAGUGAUUUAUAUGAUAUACAUGUAUUAUCACACAGGGUCCAAAUGA